AUGGAGAUGGGCUUCAAAACCUCCAGCCAAGUGAAGCUGGUUGGUGGCGCAGUUCCCUCUCUUCAUGCAGCCUGUCUGUCUGCUAACGGCGCUAAUGUUGCUAGUCCUGCUAAUCAGAGAAGAAGCACAUCUGCAGCUGAUAAGCGUUGGCUCUCUACAAUUCUGAGAGACAAUAAUCCGGCAGUAAGUGAAGCUGCAUCUGGACCACACACUGCUCCUGACCAGGAGCAAGAGGCCCAUACUUCUUUUGAUCCUCUGCCGCACACUGUAGAUCGGAUCUUGCAGUGUAACGUUACACCAUCACACCAAUCAUCAGCUGUUCAGGUUCAACCAAAAAUGACAAGUGUGGGUACUCAAACAGAAGACUACAACCCUCUAACAUCAACACCGCUGAAGCGGAUUUUGGAUGACACCGAUGACCAAUCGUCAGACUUCAACCAACAGUGUGAUAGUUCUUGGUGCAUAGAGGAUGAUGAAGACAUUGAAAGUGAGAUGUCUGAAAUGGAGGACUCUCAAGAAGCACAACAAGAGGAUGACAGAGAACUCCAAGUACCCCAGAUUCCGCAAAGGCGAUUGGGUAAUCCGUCCGAUCAAGGAGAGUCCUUCAUACGACUAUGCUGUAGCUCUCAUGGUGUCCCUCCAACAAACCUACAGCAGGUCUCCAUCUAG